CAACUUCCGCUCUCCCGGAAGUGAUCUUACAGAACUUAACGCAACUCUUUUUCUUAAAAAAAAAAAAGAGUUUUAAACCAGAUUUUUAUUAAUUUUUUUACCAUAAUGUCUUCAAAAAGCCGCGAAAGUUUGACCGAGCAGUCUGCACUAAAGGAGGAACUGAACAGAAAGAUAAAAGAACAGAAAGUUGUUUUGGACGAGCUCUUGAAUCUGAAGAAGAACAAGAAAGUCUACAUCCAGCAGAGAAACAGUAAUAUUUUCUUUCUGGCUGACAGAAGUCAGACUCUAAGCUCRUGUAAAAAAGAUCUGGAUCAUCUGAAGAAGGAGCUGCAGGACGCGUAGGAAGUCGACGAUGUGUGGCAUCUUUUGUCAGUUGAGUCUGUCCGCCUCUGGCUGCGAGCGCGACAGAACCACGUCUGAAUCCCUGCGGAGGCGAGGGCCCGACUCCAGCCGGGACGUGACGGUGACGGGGCCGGACUCCAGCUACCGGUGUUUGUUCUCAGCUCACCUUCUUCACAUGAGAGGCCUCUUCACGCCGCAGCCCGUUCAGGACCACGCCGGGAACGUCCUGAUGUGGAACGGGGAGAUUUUYGGAGGUUUGGAGGUGACGCCCGAGGAGAACGACACCGACGUCGCCUGUCGGAGGUUGUCCUCCUGCGAGACGCCAUCGGAGAUCCUCUCAGUCCUGUCGGGCAUCCAGGGGCCGUGGGGGCUGGUUUACUACCAGCGAGCCGAGGACUUCCUGUGGUUCGGCAGGGACUUCUUCGGCCGGCGGAGCUUGUUGUGGAAGUUUGAAGCGGAUGUCUUGACCCUUACUUCGGUCKCAGCUCAGACCUCGACCUGGAAAGAAAUCCCAGCCGUUGGUGUUUUCAGGGUCAACCUGAAGGAAGCURCUCGAUCCGGAUCUCUGAGCUUCGAGCUUUUUCCCUGGAGUUGUGCAGGAAGUGGUGAAAAUCUCCAGGAGUCUGUUCCCAGCGGCUGCACGGCUGUUUUAAACCCAAGCGGUCUUGUGUUGAACUCUCCGGUUCGUUCUCUGAACAAGUCCGUUCCAAACGGUUUAACUGAACUGGAGAUUCGCUCGGACUCACCUGUCGAAGACCUGGAGGAUCUGCUGAGGAGCAGAGAGAAACCGGCCGAGGUGGACCGUCUGAUCGACGUCCUCAGCGAGGCGGUGAAGAAGAGGGUCCUCGCCCGUCCCUUCAGGCCGGAGAACGAGCCGCCGUCCGGCGACUCCGCAGACGUGGCGGUYCUGUUCUCAGGCGGGGUGGACUCCAUGGUCCUGGCUGCGUUAGCGGAUCGUCACGUCCCCGCUCACAGACCCAUCGAUCUUCUCAACGUGGCCUUCCAGCUGCAACGGGAGGCGACUGCGAAGAAACAAACRCCCGAUCCCUUCGGCGUCCCRGACCGGCUCACCGGACGGGUCGGGCUGAAAGAGCUGCAGCAGCUGAACCCCGAGAGGCGCUGGAGGUUCGUGGAGAUCAACGUGACUCUGGAGGAGCUGCAGAGGACGAGGCAGGAGAGGAUCAGUCACCUGAUUCAUCCUCUGGACWCGGUGCUGGACGACAGCAUCGGGUGCGCCCUGUGGUUCGCUGCACGAGGGGCCGGGGUCCAAGGUCUGAGACCCGUCUCCUCAGCAGCCAAGAUCAUCCUGACGGGAACAGGAGCAGACGAGCAGCUGGCGGGUUACUCCAGACACAGAGGUCGGUUUCAGGAGGGGGGACUCACAGCACUGAUCCAGGAACUGGAGAUGGAGCUGAACCGGAUCUCCUCCAGGAAUCUAGGCAGAGACGACCGAGUGAUCGCMGACCACGGGAAGGAAGCCAGGUUUCCCUACUUGGAUGAAAACGUGGUGAGCUUCCUGAACUCCCUCCCCGUGUGGAAGAAGGCCGACCUGUCGCUGCCCCGCGGCGUCGGAGAGAAGCUCCUCCUCCGCCAGGCGGCCAGGCAGCUGGGCCUCGGGCAGUCCGCCCUCCUGCCCAAGAGGGCCAUGCAGUUCGGCUCCUGCAUCGCCAAGAUGGAGAACAGGCGGGAGAGGGCCUCGGACCGAUGCUCCAGACUGAAGUGACCCGGUUUUACUCUAGACCAUGUAGGACUUCACUUCCUGGAGUUUCUCUCUGAAGUAGCGGUCGCACUCGACGUACGAAGGCAGGUUCCCGACGUCGAAACGCCCCGAUAUCUGAUGGACGUAAACCKGUUUCCUGUCAGGAAAUAAAACAACAAAGAUGGAGAGGGAUGAUCCAAAACCUGGUCCAGGACCUGCAGACCUCACCUGUGAACGAGCCAGGACACAAAGUUUCCAGGAGCGUCUCGCUCUUCGAUCGGAGCUUCCUGUGAAGACGAGAAGUUCAGCUGAAAUCUGAGUUUUCUUCACGUCUUUGUUUUGUUUUGUUGUUUUGAUUUGUUCACCUCCUUUAGCUGAAGGAAGGAGUCCAACAGAGGAAGAGUUUCCUUCGACAACACGUAAAAACACGGACACUGAAGCAAAAACAAUGAUUUAUAAACAAUGAAGCAAACUGUUGUUUCUCCAUGUUUUAAAUAAAAGAUUUUAAAAGUA